AUGGGAGACGAAGAAGUUCAGGCUCUUGUUGUAGACAAUGGUUCCGGAAUGUGCAAAGCUGGCUUCGCCGGUGAUGAUGCUCCUCGUGCCGUGUUCCCAUCUAUCGUCGGCCGCCCUCGUCACCAGGGUGUCAUGGUCGGUAUGGGUCAAAAGGAUAGCUACGUCGGCGAUGAAGCCCAAUCUAAGAGAGGUAUUCUCACUUUGAAGUACCCCAUUGAGCACGGUAUCGUGACAAACUGGGAUGAUAUGGAGAAGAUUUGGCAUCACACUUUCUACAAUGAGUUGCGUGUUGCUCCUGAGGAACAUCCCGUGCUCCUUACUGAAGCCCCACUUAACCCAAAGGCUAACCGUGAAAAGAUGACUCAAAUCAUGUUCGAGACCUUCAACACUCCUGCCAUGUAUGUCGGUAUCCAAGCCGUGCUUUCUCUUUAUGCCUCUGGUCGUACCACAGGUAUCGUCCUGGAUUCUGGUGAUGGUGUUACUCACUCCGUCCCCAUCUACGAAGGUUAUGCUCUUCCCCAUGCUAUCCUUCGUCUUGAUUUAGCCGGUCGUGAUCUUACUGACUACCUCAUGAAGAUCUUGACUGAGCGUGGUUACUCAUUCACUACCACUGCCGAGAGAGAAAUUGUCCGUGACAUCAAGGAGAAACUCUGCUAUGUCGCUCUCGACUUCGAGCAGGAGAUGGCAACCGCUGCCUCCAGUUCCUCCCUCGAGAAGUCAUACGAACUUCCCGACGGUCAGGUCAUUACCAUUGGUAACGAGCGUUUCCGUUGCCCUGAGUCUCUCUUCCAGCCCAGCUUCUUGGGCAUGGAAUCCGCGGGUAUCCACGAGUCAACUUUCAAUGCCAUCAUGAAGUGCGAUGUCGAUAUCCGUAAGGACUUGUACGCCAACACCGUUUUGUCUGGCGGCACUACAAUGUACCCAGGUAUUGCUGACCGUAUGCAGAAGGAGAUUACCUCUCUUGCUCCAAGCACCAUGAAGAUCAAGAUUGUCGCUCCUCCUGAACGUAAAUACUCCGUCUGGAUUGGUGGCUCCAUCUUGGCUUCUCUCUCCACCUUCCAACAGAUGUGGAUUUCCAAGCAGGAGUACGACGAGUCUGGACCUGGCAUUGUCCACCGCAAAUGCUUCUAA